AUGGCUGGGUAUGACUUGGAGCUGAACAAUGGCAGCACGCAGGACUUUGACGUCAUGUUCCACGGGCCCAACGGGACCGCUUACGAAGGAGGAAUAUGGAAGGUUCAUGUAACCCUACCAGAUGACUACCCAUUUGCUUCUCCAUCAAUUGGUUUUAUCAACAAGCUAUUGCACCCAAAUGUGGACGAAGCUUCCGGAUCGGUGUGUCUGGAUGUGAUUAACCAGACAUGGACCCCCUUAUACAGCCUCGUGAACGUUUUCGAAGUUUUCCUUCCCCAGUUGUUGACCUACCCAAACCCAUCAGAUCCCCUCAACAGCGACGCGGCGUCCUUGCUCAUGAAGGACAAAAAUAUAUAUGAACAAAAGGUGAAAGAAUACGUCAAGCUGUACGCAAGUAAAGACCUGUGGGAAAGACAGAAAAAAGAGAAGAGCACGUCCAAUGUUAAUGGAAAUAUAUCGCCAGUGAGCGAGCUUUCCUACGUCGACCAGGAGGUUCAGGACAUCGACUUGGACAACCUGUGA